UCUGUGAAGUAGGCUGUAAACUUUGGAGAUAAUUUAUGUUUCCACUUGCACUUGCUGAUAAUCUCAGCUGCUCUGCUGUGCUUCCACAUGUUGACACAAUGCAAGAUAACCAUGCAGAAGUUUGGUCUUAAGCACCUGCAGUCAUAUCCACCAGUUAUUUAGAUAAAAGCUGCCUUUGAUAUUCUGCAUACUCCCCUCUCAAAUUUGCCCAUUGACAUCACUGGGCUUAGCAGCCCUGGCUUUUGAAAUUAAAUCUAAGCAUUCUCAGAGGGUUAGUUAGGGUCUUCCUUCCUCGGGACAGUUCACUUAGCCUUGUGGCUCUCCCAACAAACAGGAGCCUGGCAUUCUGAGAAAAUGAAACCAAGCAGAUUGAUGUGCUUGGGGGCAGGGGCACCUGGAAUCUAGGGCAACUUCCACCUGCUGAGGGAGGCAGUGGCUCCUUUUAAUUGCUGUUCCAGAGUCCCCGUGAAAACUUGGGUGAGCCAAGAAAGCAUGGAGCCUGCCAGGCUCCCCACACCAUACCCACCCGCUUGCAAACAUGAUUGACUUUCCACUUGCAGUGACCUGCCCUCCAGUGUGACUUAUCAGCUGUUUGCCCUUUGUCACGAAAAGAAAACAAAUUGUGGAAUGCACUGCUCGGCAUGCUAAUGAAAUGGCCUGGCCAACCCCAGGGGGAGGGGGUGGGUUAUGAGAAGGUUUGCAAGCAAGGAGAAUAAUGAUCUUCAGUUUCUGACCUCCUGGCACGGUGGCGGUAUUUAUCAGGAGGUGCAUGUGACUGGUUAAGACACAGAGCCUCAGCUUGAAGGAAACAGCUGCUCUCGGCGUGCUCCGGCACUUGGCAGCUGGACAGGCAGAGUGCUGAUGUGAAAAAUACCGCGACAAAACCGCCCCACUUGUCAAGUAGAGGAAUGAUAUGCAUACAUUUGCAUUCUGGAAAGAAAACUCUGAAGGCAAUGAGGAAGACAAAUUAGAGAGAAAAAAAUACUAAACACCAAAAGAAGACUCCGGAGAUAGGUUAGAACCUGGGCAAAGGUUCUCCAAAGUACUUAUAAUCUGAGUGAAAUAACCAAUUCUAGAGACUGCUUCCUCAAUACAUUUCCCAAUGACGGUAACUGCCCUUAAAACUUUUUGGAUUUGGAAAUCAAUCUGUGUGAAAGCAGCAAAAUUUUCUUGAAGUACAACUAAGACCAGAGGUCACCACCAGUCUUCACCGGUGGACUUGCAUGAUUAUGGAGAUGGUCUAUCUGAUGUUGAAAAUGUCUCUGGUUUUUUGACAACGGCUGAAGAACCAUGGGGUCAAGUGGCCUUGGGAAAGCUGCAACAUUGGAUGAACUGCUGAGCACAUGCAUUGAGAUGUUUGAUGACAAUGGAGAGCUGAAUAAUAGUUAUUUGCCAAGAAUAGUUCUACUGAUGCACCGAUGGUAUUUAUCUUCCACUGAAUUGGCAGAAAAACUUCUUUGCAUGUAUAGAAACGCCAGUGGAGAAAGCUGCGAUGAGUUUCGAUUAAAGAUCUGCUACUUCAUGAGGUACUGGAUUCUGAAGUUUCCUGCGGAGUUUAAUUUGGACCUUGGUUUGAUUCGUAUGACUGAGGAAUUCCAAGAAGUAGCUAGUCAACUAGGAUACGAAAAACACAUCGGUCUCAUCGACAUAUCCAGCAUUCCUUCCUACGACUGGAUGAGAAGAGUCACACAGAGGAAAAAAGUAUCCAAGAAGGGAAAAGCCUGUCUGCUGUUUGACCAUCUGGAGCCUGUUGAAUUGGCUGAGCACCUCACUUUUCUGGAGCAUAAAUCUUUUAGAAGGAUCUCAUUCACCGACUAUCAAAGCUAUGUCAUCCAUGGCUGCCUGGAGAAUAACCCAACCUUGGAGAGAUCUAUUGCUCUAUUUAAUGGAAUCUCUAAGUGGGUCCAGUUGAUGGUCCUUAGCAAACCAACCCCCCAGCAAAGGGCAGAAGUCAUCACGAAGUUUAUCAAUGUUGCAAAGAAGCUCCUUCAGCUCAAAAAUUUUAACACUCUGAUGGCGGUGGUGGGAGGCCUUAGUCAUAGUUCCAUUUCACGCCUCAAGGAGACCCACUCUCAUCUUUCUUCAGAAGUUACAAAGAACUGGAAUGAAAUGACAGAGUUAGUCUCCUCCAACGGCAAUUACUGCAAUUACCGCAAGGCCUUUGCCGACUGCGAUGGCUUCAAAAUCCCCAUUCUUGGAGUACACUUGAAAGACUUGAUAGCAGUCCAUGUCAUUUUCCCAGACUGGACCGAGGAGAACAAAGUGAACAUUGUGAAAAUGCACCAGCUCUCGGUUACCCUGAGUGAACUGGUGUCCCUGCAGAAUGCCUCUCACCACUUAGAACCCAACAUGGAUUUGAUCAACCUACUCACGCUUUCUCUGGAUCUCUAUCACACGGAAGAUGAUAUUUACAAACUGUCACUGGUGCUGGAGCCUAGAAAUUCUAAAUCGCAGCCGACCUCCCCGACCACGCCCAAGCCCGUGGUGCCCCUGGAGUGGGCGUCGGGGGUGAUGCCGAAGCCGGACCCCACAAUCAUCAACAAGCACAUACGGAAAUUAGUGGAGUCUGUGUUUAGGAACUAUGAUCAUGACCAUGAUGGGUACAUCUCCCAAGAGGACUUUGAAAGUAUAGCUGCCAAUUUUCCCUUCUUGGAUUCCUUCUGUGUGCUGGACAAAGAUCAGGAUGGCCUGAUUAGUAAAGAUGAAAUGAUGGCUUACUUCCUGAGAGCUAAAUCCCAACUACACUGUAAAAUGGGACCGGGAUUUGUCCAUAAUUUUCAGGAGAUGACCUAUCUCAAGCCAACCUUCUGCGAACACUGUGCAGGAUUUCUCUGGGGCAUAAUCAAGCAAGGAUACAAAUGCAAAGACUGUGGAGCCAAUUGUCACAAACAGUGCAAAGACCUCCUGGUUCUGGCUUGCAGGAGAUUUUCCCGGGCGCCCUCUUUGGGCAGUAGUCACGGUUCGCUGCCUGGAAGCCCCUCGCUGCCCCCAGUGCAAGAUGAGGUGUUCGAGUUUCCUGGGGUCGCUGCUGGACACCGGGACCUGGACAGCAGAGCCAUCACACUGGUCACAGGCUCUUCUCGCAAGAUCUCUGUGAGGCUGCAGCGGGCCACCACCAGCCAGGCCACCCAGACUGAACCUGUCUGGUCAGAAGCUGGCUGGGGAGACUCAGGGUCCCACACCUUCCCCAAAAUGAAAUCCAAGUUCCAUGACAAAGCAGCAAAGGACAAAGGCUUUGCCAAGUGGGAAAAUGAGAAGCCCAGGGUGCAGGCUGGCGUGGAUGUUGUAGACCGAGGCACCGAGUUCGAACCUGACCAGGAUGAAGAAGAGGAGAGCAGACAGGACGUUGAGGAUGGCUGACUUCAGGCUGCAGAAACUGAAGGCAGUAAUGUUGGCUUUUGGAAGGAGGAGAAUGAGAAUCAUUGACGAAAGCUCAGACUCUCAGGAAGUUAUCUGGAAAGAUAUCUGGAUGUUUCCUGCCUCGUGACAUUUGUGGGAUCUCCGUGAUUGGACUACGGGACAGAGGAUUCACCCUAACUAUGAACUAUUUAUUUCUCCUCCCCUGCCCUUAGUUAGGCGCCACAAAGUCUGUAUUAUGUAGUUAGUAGUUUCCUUACGUAUCUUUCUCUAGAGCAGUUUAUAAUACGGGUGAAAUGAAAGCUCUUGCCCACGCACUUGAUACUCAUUUUCUAAAACUCAGACUUCGCUUUUUCUGGUGACAAUACUAUUUCAAUAUUUUUAUAAGCUUUUCUGUGUGUCGUGGGAAGGGGGUGUUUAACAAGGAGUUGAGUUAGAGGUCUUUUUGUGUGCCUUUGGAUGGGACCAGGACUUAAUAUUUUCCUGAGGACAAGGAAGCCCUUCAGACCCUAGAAUGCAGCCGUUCUUCUCAUGAUGAUCAGCUGCAACAAGAAACUGUUUACAUUGUGCCUGCUGUACCAUUGCUAUGAUGUGUAACAAGUCACACCUGUGUAUAUCACGUAAGUCUUACCAAUUCUGCAUCCCUAGGAAGCUAUGACAUAGUGGUGAAGGCUCUCCUAAUAUUUAUAAUAGCCAUAGGGUAAGAUUAACUGUUCUUAUCCAAUCUGACUGGGUUAAGCCAUCUUUCUUAAGAUUCCUGAAAUAGAGAUAGCAAUUAAGAAAUCAAUUCAAGUUUUGGGGGAUAAAAUUUAACAGAAGAACAACCAUUGAACAAAUGGCUAGGUGAAAUGCAAAACAACCAUCAAUUUAUUAAACCCGAAAUAAUUUUAAGAACUUUGUUUGUUAAAAAAA